AUGGAAAAUAAGCCUUUGUUGCAAAUCGACAGAGCCAAAAUUCGAAAGCACUGGGGCAAAACCGACUCGGAAGUUGAGGAAUGCAUUAGCAAUCUCAAAAAAUGGAUAAAGACGCAGGAUUUUCCCGAAAUGCCCACCGAUCAUAUGAUAGAAGUUUUUCUCACCAAUUGCAAAUACAAAAUGGACCAAACCAAAAUCAACAUACAAUGUUUUUAUUCCAUUAGACAAACCAUACCGGAAGUUUACGAUGAUUCGAAUCCGAAAUUGCCCGAAAUGAAGGAAGCCUGGAAAAUGGGGGGCUAUUUACCGUUACCAAAAUUAACACCAGACUUGUAUAGAAUAUGCAUGUUGAGAAUAAACUCGGAAACUAAGGGUUUCAAUGCGACCAGAUACUUCGCAAAUGCGAUGAACAUCUACGAAGUGAAAGUGUGCGAGGACUUAGUUUUAGGGGAAAUAUGCAUUAUGGAUUACAGUGAGCUGCAAUGGAGCCAUUUGCUGUAUUUUUCGCCGUUUCUGUUGCGAAAAAUGAUCUUCAUCAUGGAGAAUGUAGCCAAGAGCAGAGUAAAGCAAAUUCACGUAAUUCGAACACCAUCUUAUGUAAACAUACUUAUAAAUAUAGCGAAAAAAUUUAUGAAGAAAAAAAUGGCUGAUAGGAUACAAAUUCACAAAUCAAUCGAAGAAUUAUACAAAUAUGUACCACAGGAACUAAUGCCUGCCGAUUACGGUGGUAAACAACCCUCCAUUAACGAAAUGAUAGGUAAUUUAAUCGACCUUUUUUUUAAUACCAAAUAAUUGCAUUAACUUUUCCUGCAGAUAUGUGGAGAAACAAAGUGGAUAA